AUGACUGCAAGUAACAUUCAUUGCCAUAAUGAACCUGGUGCUUGUGAAAAAAGUGAUUUAAAUAAAAUGGAAAAAGAAAAAUCUCCGAUCACUAAAUACAUUGGAACCGAUUAUUCAUAUACACAUGAGAUAGUUUGGCAAAAUGCUAUUGGGUUUUUAAUUCUGCAUUUACUAGGUAUAUGGGGUACAGUUCUUUUGUUUUCGGGAAAAAUUUAUUUGAGCACCUUCAUAUGGACUGUUUGUAUUACGUAUGCUGGUUCCGAAGGCGUGACAAUUGGAGCUCAUAGAUGUUUUACGCACAAAUCAUUUAAAGCUACUCCGGUUCUCAAGGCUAUACUCAUCGCCUUGCAGACAAUAGCUGGUCAGAAUUCUGUUUUUAUAUGGUGUCGUGAUCACCGCUUGCACCAUCGAUAUUCCGAUACAGAUGGCGAUCCACACAACUCAAAACGUGGGUUCUUCUUUUGCCAUAUGGGAUGGCUUAUGACUAAAAAACACCCUUACGUCAUCGAACUUGGCCGAAGAAUUGAUAUGAGUGAUUUGCAGGCUGAUUGGAUGGUUAUGUUUCAGAAAAAGUAUUAUUACUAUUUAUACUUUUUACUAGCUAUAUUUAUUCCUACGUCGGUGCCAGUUUAUUUCUUUGGAGAAAACCUAUGGACCUCCCUGUUGGUUUGCUACUUCGGCCGUUACGUCCUGUCAUUAAACGGCACUUGGCUCGUCAACAGCGCGGCGCAUCUAUAUGGAACAAGACCUUAUGAUCAAAAUUUACAGCCUGUGGAAUCUUGGUUCGUAUCUCUGAUAAGCCUAGGUGAAGGUUGGCACAACUACCACCACGCAUUCCCCUGGGACUACAAAGCUGCUGAACUGUCUAUGCACUUCAAUCAGUCAGCAAGUAUCAUUAGGUUCUUGGAGAGGAUUGGACUUGCAUACGAUUUGAAGACUGCUUCACCGGAAUUAGUGAAAAAUCGUAUUAUACGUACUGGUGAUGGUAGCCACUACGAACUUGGUACAGAAGAAGCUCGAGAAGCCGUAAAGAUCUCGUGGGGACCUCUACAUCCGCUAAACCCUUCAUACAAUUCUACACUUAAAGCACCAGAUGCCAUUUUGAAGCCAGGUGGGCUCCCCCUCUACCACGAAAAGGAUAUCCUUGAUGCGGAUGUAAUGAAAAGAAAAACUAGUCAAGCUUAA